CUAAACUGUAUGCUCGUACUUCCUGAAAUCGCUUACACACGUGGGCUUCCGAACUCUGCUCACGUUGUCGCUUCUUACGGUCUGUAAAUAACAUAUGUAUUGAUUAUUUGUGGUCACAUCGUCAUAUAAUUUUGACAACAUGUCGACAAGUGAGAAAAUAACACCAAACGAAGGACUGAGCGCCGAAGAGGACGAGUUGCCUCCUCCGGUUGUGACUCGGACUCGUAGCGGGCGCAGAGUACGGACCCCAGCUGUGUAUCUCGACUCCGAAGUACCGAAGACUCCAACACGCCGAACAAGGAAAUCUGUCAUUCAAGAGUUACCGAAUGAGAACCAGACGGAACCCGAACCAGAGGUUGUAGUCGUCGAACCAGUUGCCGACGAGACUCGUGCGAAAAAACUUCCAAGCAGUGAGUCCAAAUCAAAUGCAUUGGCAACAGCUGAGGCAUGUCCAAAACUGGUCAAGUCAGACACACCUGUAGGGAAAUCAUUAGGUGCCGUUAUUCCAGCUGUGUCACAUCAUUGCAACGAGAAGGAAAACAAGGUUGGUCCCGUACCAAUGGAGACUGUUCCGCACCGCCCAAAUAAAACGGCCAAAAAGAGGACUCAUACAGAGUCAAAUGAGAAACGUGACGUGAUACCUUUGGGUAAACCGAAAUCUGGACGGGUAUGGAAAGACCGCAACAAGCAAAGGUUCUCGGCUCUUGUAAGAGAUAAGCCACUGUGCACCUCCUGGGAGAAGAAGAUGGUGGCCAAGCGAGAGAAGGAGCUGGUGAAGAAAUAUUCCCUGCAACUGAAGGAGGACAAGGCCAGGGAGAAAGAGGAAAAGAGGAAGAGGCAUGAGGAGAAUUUGAAAAGGCGAGCUGAGAACGAGAGGAAGGGGGAGGUUGUGCAAGUGAUCCGGAACACAACAAAGAUCAAGAGGAUGAAGAAGAAACAGCUGAGGAAGAUUGAGAAGAGGGACACACUUGCCAUGCUGCAGAAAUCACAGCCCAGGAACCCAAAAGCUGCACGGAAAGGAGACAAAGGGGACAAGUAGAGGGAGUGCACUUGGUUGACUGAUGGUAUGUUCAGAUCUACAGCUCUGUUGAGAACCACCCCCUAGGCACUUCAUGUAGAUAUGAGAGAACCAGUCAGAAAAGGGGCUUGCUCCACACAUAGACCCGGUAUUGCAGUUCCUCCAGGAUGGAGUUCGAUCUUUCCCUCAAUAGGCUAGGUGGAAUUUUCACCAUAUUGCUUAAUCUAUCCAAUCCUUUUCAGAUCUACACAGUGCCUAGGGGGUAGGGCCAACGCUGUGUGUGAGGCUGCUAGAACUGGAGAGCAUGAGCAGCAAAUCCUUUCAAAACAAGUAACCGUCUGGAGCAUUGCAGAUGCAAAAAGUGCCUCCUACCUCUAUUUUGUAGAAAUCCAAACAUGGGCUGGAAGAAUUCUUCACUUGACCUCUUAGGUUUACUGUCGUGUAAUGCAAUGUUCCAUUAAACAAAGCAAAUUGUUAUA